AUGAAGUUGGAGGUGUUUGGCCCCCGCCCGGCCCACGGGGACAAGCCAGGUAGUGAUCUGGAGGGUGCAGGCGGCAGCAACGCGCCAUCUCCGCUGUCGGCAGCUGGCGACGACUCCUUGGGCUCGGACGGGGACUGUGCGGCCAACAGCCCCGCGGCGGGCGGCGGCGCCGGGGAGCUGGCGGGCGGUGGCGAGCGGAGCGCAGGCGGCGGGCCGGGCACGGAGGAGGAGGGCCCGGCGGCGGCGGCGGCGGCGGCGGGGCACGCGGAGGCCUGCACGGAGGGCCCCGGGGCGGGGAGCGCUGGGGGCGGCGAGGGCGCGCGCAGCAAGCCAUACACUCGGCGGCCCAAGCCCCCGUAUUCAUACAUCGCGCUCAUCGCCAUGGCUAUCCGCGACUCAGCAGGCGGGCGCCUGACGCUGGCCGAGAUCAACGAGUACCUCAUGGGCAAGUUCCCCUUCUUUCGCGGCAGCUACACGGGCUGGCGCAACUCAGUGCGCCACAACCUCUCGCUCAACGACUGCUUCGUCAAGGUGCUGCGCGACCCCUCGCGGCCCUGGGGUAAGGACAACUACUGGAUGCUCAAUCCGAACAGCGAGUACACCUUCGCCGACGGGGUCUUCCGCCGCCGCCGCAAGCGCCUCAGCCACCGGGCAGCGGCCCCCGCACCAGGGCUUCCGCCCGAGGAGGCCGCGGCCCACCCCACCGCCGCGCCCCCGCCGCCGGCGCCCGCCACCCCGGCUUCUCCCCGCGCGCGCUCCCCCGCCCGCCAGGAGGGGCGCUCCAGCCCUGCGGGCAAGUUCUCCAGCUCCUUCGCCAUAGACAGCAUCCUCAGCAAACCCUUCCGCAGCCGCCGCGACGGGGAAGCGGCCCCCGGGGCGCGGCUGCCAUGGGGAGCCUCGCCCUGUCCGCCGCUGCCCACAUACCCCGCGCUACUCCCCGGCGCCUCCGGAGGGGCCCUGCUGCCGCUGUGCGCUUACGGUGCGACCGAGCCGGCGCUGCUGGGCGCGCGCGGAGCCGACGCGCAGCCCGCCGUGCAGCCCGCCGUGCCGCCCGCCGUGCCACCCGCAGCACCUCACCUCCUGCUCGCGCCCCUCUCCGCCUCGGCCCCAGCCAAGCCAUUUCGAGGCCCGGCGGCAGGCGGCGGCUCGCACCUGUACUGCCCCCUGCGGCUGCCCGCGGCCCUGCAGGCGUCCUCGUCCUGUGGCCCCGGCCCGCACCUGCCUUACCCGGUGGAGACGCUCCUGGCCUGA